UUGUUAGUGUUCGCGCGCCGUAGCGGGUUUUAUUCGGUCCGCAACGUUUAGUAGCCGUAGUCACGUGCCCCGUGUGUACCGCUGCCGUCUGUCAGUCCGUCGGCGGCGUCGCAAUAAUAUUAUUAUUGUUGUGUUAUCUCUACUACUAUUAUUAUUAUUAUUAUUAUAGCACUUUGCAAGAGCUGUCUCGCGACUUAGCUGAAAUUUCGUAUCCGGUGAAACAGACUUUUUGAAGAUAUUGAAAAAAAAAAAAAACCGUUAGACUCUUUCCGCGGGCGUUAGUCGGUGGAGCGCGCGCACGCUUGUCGCCCAUCAACCCGACGGCUUUCGAUCCGGAUCCGCUGCUACCAUAAGUGUAAUCUACACGUCCGGCAAACGGAAGCGACGACACCAGUUAUGGAGUCGCGUCUGCAGCGGUCGACGUCCCGGUGCGACCGCUAUCACUAUUGCCGUCGCGCUGCCGUCGACGCUUUCCCGAUGACGUCAACGCUUGUGGCCGUUUUGUUUUCUCUGAUCGUCUUGCAGAUCGUGUCCAACACAGACCAAGCGGCGCUGACCGUAAACGUUGUGCGAGUGGUCAGGGUGGACGUGCCAUCGGUGGUUCGGUCAUACGAUGCCAAACCCGACCCGGCGGCCACUGCGAUCGGCGGCGUGCCUCCGCCACUGUUGUUGGGCUGCGUGUACGCGUUGGAGGGUGGCGAGAACGACGACGAGAACGGCGACGUGAUCGUGCCAACGGACCCGCGGCCGGUCAACGGGACCGCGUCCACGGCGAACGGCGCCCGCGACCGGCGGUCAUCAUCACCAGCACCGGACCUGGCCAUGGACGCGGCCAUGGAGGAGGUGCAGCGGCUACGGGGCUUGGUGGUCAAGUGGUACUUCCGGCGCAACCCCAUACCGGCAGCACCCAAAGACGCGAUGGCCAUCAUCAAUGACAACGAACAGGUGUACCAGUGGAUAGCUGGCGGCGGGCCCGAGGCGGGCGGCGGACUCGGCCCGCUCAGCGGACGCACGGUUGACGUCACAGCAGAGACCCCGCGCGCCGACCGGUCGUACUUGCACCGGGUCAUCCGGGUCGAGCGGCCCACCGCCGAGCUCACCGGCGAGUACAGGUGUCAAGUGGAGGACUGGAACUCUGAACGCCGGUCAGCCUGGCACCCCAUGGUCGUGUACACACCCGAACGAAUUUUCAAAAUAUCCGUCGACGAUAACGACGAUGACGACGAGGAUGAUAUCGCAGAAGGCAGUGGUGGAGAUUUGAAUUUCACGACUACGGAGCCGACGACCAGCAGCGCCCCACCGACUGGCCCGAAAAAGUGGCCGACCGAAAUCAACAUCACGUGCUACGCCGCCGGCAUGCAUCCCGAGCCAUCCAUGAGCAUUUGGGUGAAUGGAGUGUCACUGGAUUCCGUGACGUCGGUGGUCACUGAAGACGAUGGGGACAACGACGAGAGCAAUGACGGCGUCGCACAGACGACCACUGCGUCUAUGACGACAUCGACCACGACCACAACGACGACGACCACGGCCAAGCCAAAGGCGUUCAGGAACCGGUACAGGGGCAACAGGCCCGGCGAAGAUGAGUACAAAAAGUACGCGGUUAGCGCCACUAGCGUGGUGUCGCUUAAGGACGCCGAGGAGUACCGGAACAGCAAGCCGCAUCAGCACCAGCGCCGGCGGAACACCGUCGACGUGGAGUGCCGGUUGCGCGUGCCCGGCGACGGUGCCGGCAACGGUCACUGGAAAGCUGACCGGACGGCGGACCUCUAUUACUCCGUCCGCAAGUCGGUGGCGUACAAGUACCGCAACGACCUACCGCCGCCCGGUGACGCGUUCGCCGCCGUGUCUUCAGCGUCUUCGGUGGCUGACGACGACGCCGACGACGCCGACACCUACGGCAACGGCAGUGACCGCGGUGCUGACAAUAAUGACGCCCCGAACGCCCAAGGCGCCGACGACGCCGCUAUUUCCGGCGCCACCAGCGUCACCGCGUCCUUCUCCGCCGCCGUUGUCCGGUCGGUGCAGACGAUCGCUGCUGCAGCCGUUGUUACCGCCGCCGCCCGACGUUAAGCCACGUGCGAAGUUUUCGCUCCUGUCCCGACCGCCUCCGCCACCACCACCGCCACCGCCUCUGACCCAAUCGUGUGUAAUGGUAUUAGUGAUAGUAUUAUAUCAUAAUAUGAUAACAUUGUAAUUAUGACGUAGUGACGCACUGUGUAACCCAAUUUCCCGCAUGUUUUUUUUCAUUUCCAACCGACGACAUGGUAAGCUCUGUUUAACCACCUCUACCUAUGUUAUAUAGGUACUCUACAAAUUAUUGUCACCAUAUCGUUUAUUAUUAAAAUAUAUCUACGAUUCUGUUGUCCUCCCGCAGACGGGAUGCUCACAAUUUAUUGUUUCACUUGCGUGGGCGGCAAAGUCCCAUUAGGUGGCCCUCGGACCACAUCCAAUUCGAACAAUCAACAAUCCCAUGCCUGGCUUCCCGUGCAUCAUACUUGCAGUCAAUCAAAUUCGUAUCCGAGAGUAGAGUGUGCCCGGGCGCUUAGCCUUCCCCUCCGCUUCGCGUAACUUUUCGUCGUGUUCUUUACAGCCCAUUUCCAUCCUGCCCAUCCUAAAAUUGCUCGGACUUUGUAUAUUAUGGCGAGUUCCGCUCGUUAUAAUUGCAUACACGUAAUUAUAAUUUACAACAAUAUUAAAUAUUGUUGAUUUUAGAUAGUUUUGUAGGAAUAGUUUUCGUUUUUAUUGCGACUGCUUUAGAAUAUCAAACGAUUAAUCGACUCUAUUCAAUUAAAAAAACAAAAUAGAUCCUCUUUUUAAUAAAAACUUUUUUUUUAAUCUUUUAAUUAAUAACAUUACAAUAUAAUAUAGGUAGUAGGAUUGAUAAUAUUAUGUAAAUGAUAAUUUUCAAAUAAGUACAUAUAAACCAAAAUGUGUACCUACUGUACCUAUAUGCAUCAUUAACAUGAUAAAUCGUUACAAAAAAAUAUUUAAAUGAAAAACCACGACAUUAUGAGUUUUGUUUUUUUAUAGAAUCGAAAACCACUAUAUAAAUGAUCCGGGCACAGCUUAAGCGGAUGACAUCCAAAACGAUUUUUAUUAACCACAAAAAUAUUACCUCAUAAAAGGAGUUUUUAAUAUAUUAUAUUUUGAAAAAAAUGAUCACAGACAGUCUGAAAGCUUAUUUAAAAUGAAAAUGAAGCGACUUUAUACCUGUCUUAUUAGAAUGUUUGUGAGACGCGUCUAUGCGCAGUUAAAAACGUCCAAAUUGAAUUUAUAGAGUUCCGCCGUGUAAGUGGUUGUGAUGUGAUUUUGUUUCGAUACGUUUCUAUUACAAUUUAUUUACAAGUACUCCAACAUCAAUAUAGGAACUAAUUUAACCAUAGUCAUGGUAAUUGUUUAGGAAACACGAUUUAAUCACACAUUCACACUUCGUUGUCGGUUGUGACUUGUAAAUAGUAUCGUCGUUCAUCGGAAACACGGGUAUACAUGCGAGUUGCGCAUUCAUCUUUCUAUUGAGACAUCGUUACCUCUCAAAACGAGUCUGAUUGUCCGAUAAACAAUAACGGUGAAAAGAUUCGUCGAAAAUCGUCCAUUGAAAAGUUUAGUGCAAGUCUAGUUGAUCCGUCGAGAUUUACGUAAGACGUUUCUGUUUUUAUCUGAAAAAUUGUGUUAUUUGACUUCUCUGUCUCCAACAUUUAACAAGCCUAAUAAUAUUUCUUACUUUAUAUGAAAUUAAAAUCCGCCGAAUUUUCACAUUAUACCUACAUUGAAUUGAAUCAUUCAAAAGUCGACAAACACCUAUUUUAGAAUAUAAUUCUCUAAUGACGAGAAUUUUAGAAAAACGUAAUAUACUAUCUAUGUGUUUGUGUUUUUACAGUUGAUUAGGUGAUGUUAUACACCCGACUCCAUCAUUCUAUUAAAAAUCGUUGAUCCACAAAUAGUUUGUUUAUAUUUGUGGUUUUUGAACAACAUUAUUAUACCGGAUAACAAGUCGAUUUAAUGACGUUCGUGGAUACGUGUUUAAUUUCAUUACCGUCAUAGUGUGCAUAAAGUUAUAAUAAAUUUAUAAUUAUUUAAAGUUAUAACAACCAUUGUAUAUUAUGUGUGCGUACAAAAUAUCGAGACACGAUCAAAACUGUCAACUACAGAUGUAGUUGUAUAAUGUUUAUGACAUUUUUAUUCCCCUCCGCAGGGUGAAUUCAAAUCGUUUUUGUAUAAUAAAUAUAAAAUUUUGUGUAUUUAAUAUAAUAAUAUAUACUUUUGUCGUGUUAGCACAUACGCCGUUCUUACAUGGAGUAACUAUAAGUACACUAUAUUUCACUAGUCGGUUAUCCUUAUAAUAUUAUGUUUGAAUGAUACACAUUUUUUUCUUAUUAAAUCACGUUUUACGGCUAUAAUGAUAAAUUGUAUAGUCACCACAGCUUUAGUUUUCCCGAAUGUAUAAACGAUAUUAUCCACCUAUAUAUUAUUAUAAUCAAAUCUCUUAUUAAUCAUUUUUAUGAGUAUUGGCAUUUUGCAGAUGUCUUAAUGUCUUACGGGUUUAUGUCUUUCCUCAUCCCCACAGCUUUAUGUUAUUAUAACUAUUUUUACUAUUAUUAUUAUUAUAUUUAUUGUAAAUAUGUAAUUUUUAACACUAUACCAUCACUAUUAUGUACACGUUUCUAGUCUAAAAUGAUGUAGCGAAAAAUUACAUUUUUAAUAAUAGUUUAUAGUUGACAUUUAAGGAUAAUAAUAUGUUGUGUUAAUAUUACAAUAAUUUAUUGUAGUCUGACACUACUAUAAAAAAAAAUAUUAUAUUACUGUAAGCCUUUUUUGUUUGUUGAAUUAUUUGUAUUAUUGAUUUUUGAUUUCUCGUGAUCUUUGGCUUAACAACCAAACGAGAUAUUUUAAAUGUUUAUUGUUAUUAGUUAUUACUUAUUACGUAUAUCCUAUUUAUUAUACUAAUACCUACGAAAUGCGCAUUUCUAAUUAUAUAGAAACUACUAGGCUAGACAUACCAAAGAAUAAAGAUACAUUUAUAUUGUAUUGUACUACGCUCUAUUGUAGAAUAUUAUUUAUGUAUAAUAAUAUUAUAUGAUAUCUGGCAUAGAAGCUUAUUAUACUAUACAACAUAAUUUCAAUGUUUAAACAUAAUUUCAGUUAGUAUUAGCAUUAAGUUUCAUGGUAUAUUAUACAGUUGUAUACAUUUUACACUUAAAAUCAUAGUUUUACUAUAGUGACGCGAAAACAUAAUAAUAUAGUUUUACCUUAGUAAUAUAUUAUUAUACUAUCUUAUUAUUAUAUAAUCGAUAUUCAAUGUAUGUGUGUUUUAUAAAUUAAUAAGAUUAAAAGAAAAAACAUAACUUAAUUUAUUAUCUUCUUCUGUAUAACAAUAAUAAUAAUAUUGUUUGGAUAUAAUAACUAUAAUAUUAUAAACCUGUUAAUCAUUUUACUAUAUUUUGUCGCAUAAUAUAACUAUAUGAAAGUUGCGAAUAAAAUUUUUGUC